AUGGCCGAGAGAAGCGGCGCCAAAGUGCGCUCACCAUCACAGGAAAAGGCGUUGGAUGAGAAGAUUGCUCAGAUCCAACAGAAGAACAAGCAAGUCGAGGAGAGGUACAAGGUAGGUAUUAGUCAAUUCAAUUUUGGUAUACUCAGCAUACUUUUCUUUACUUAUUUCUAACCUACUCUACCCUACCGUACCCUACAAUAUCCUAUCCUACCUUACGAUAUUGUAACAUACACUACCUUACUUUACCCUACCAUACUCUACCCUACCAUACUCUAUCUUACCUUAUAUUACCCUAUCAUACCCUGUCUUUCCUUUUCUCGGCGUUGCCUUACCCUACUUUAUUUUUCUACCAUAUCCAACACAGCCCUAUCUUGGUCUUCCCUGUCUUACUCUUCCGUCCCUUACUCUACUCUGUCCUACCGUAACCCCACCUCUUAGUACUCUACCUUACGUCCUCAUUAAAGUUGUUUUAGGUAAGACAAGAUGAAGCCAAACAAGUUCAUCAGAUCAAGACAAAGAAUGAACAAACUCCAGAAUCAGUGCCAAAUGAAGCCAAGAAGGAUAACCGUAGACCGCCUAAGAAUAAUGGUGGAGAUCGGGAAUGGGACACUGGCAAAACGCCGUAUGUCAUCGUUUUUAAAAAUGACAUUUUUUAUCGAAACAACGAUUAAAAUUUAAUAUUACAUGAUGACAUAUCAUCAGAAAAGCAUUUGAAAAUAGUAUUUUUCUAAUGUCAAGUCGUUUAAAUAGUUUUGCGCUCCCUCUCAAGUAAAAUUUUUGUGAUUGUGGGCACAGAAUUAUCUGAACAACUUAAAACAAGAAAAAAAAAGCAAACUCAAAAGCCAUAAAAAUUACCAUUAUAACCCCUUCAGAGCCUCCCAAUGGAAGGUGAACGUGCCCGAGUUCGGUGAUGGUGCAGCGACCAGUCGUCGGCGUCGUUUCCAUCCAAAUCAACGUUAUCGUCAUCCGAAUCCACGGCCGGGAUUCCAGCACGACGAUCGGUUUUUGGAUGACAAGAACGGUGAGAAUGCCGAGAACGGUGGAGCUAUUCCCAACUCACGGCCUCCACGAAGACAUAACAAUCGUCGAGGACCACCGAGACAGCCACGAGAACAGAAUGGAGAACAACAAGAUGGCGUGGAACAGGAAAACAGAAGACCUCCACAACAUAGAAGGCAUAAGAAGGACAUUUUUGAGAGGGUCACCAAGACUGAUGAGAAUGUAAGUUAAUAUGAGAGGCAUGGGUAGUAGGGUAAGGAACGUAGCUUAGCAUAGAGCAGGGUAUGGUAAAGUAGCAUAGGGUAAGUUAGGGCAGGGUAGGUUAGAAUCGGGUAUAGUAGGGUAGGGUACGAUACGAAAGGAUAAGGCAAGACAGAGAAGGUAAAAAAAAGAUGAGCUAAGAUAGAGCAUAUAAGCUCAAGACCAGGGCCGGGCGCGAGGGGGGGGAUACCUGUGCGAUUUUUUGGACCCCUGCCCCCAGUCCAAAAGUCCCCGCCCGGCCCUGCUCAAGACAAAACCCCACUAUCAAUCCAGAAUUAAAAAUUUUUCAGGGAGAAAACGUACCGUUCCGUGGUCAACGACAACAUCACCCACCUCGUCCUGGAGGCCCUCGCAGAGCGUUCAACGUAUGUUUAUAAGCCUUACUUUCUCAAAACGGCCAUAAUAUCGGCCAAAUUUGUUGUAUUAGGUUGUACAAAUAAUUCUGUGCCCAUUCUCAAAGCAAACUUUUGGAGUUAAGGGGCACUGAAUUAUUUACCUUACCUUUAACUUAAAAAAAAUCAUUUUCGGUCGAUUUUACAACAUUAAUAAUAAAUAAAAUCAUCCCUAUAAACCACACUUUCAGCCCCGUCACAACGCUCCACGAACCUUCACCAAACGUCGUAGCGCGGCAUCUGAAUCCGGCGAGAACGUUGAGAAGCCAGAGGGCGAAAAACCUAGCAGACGGCCAAACAACCGCGGCCCUCGCCGUCCACGACCUCAGAACGGUGAACAACCACCAGCCGAAGGUGGCGAUGGUCAGGUGGAGAAGAAGAAGAAAUAUAAACCACAACGUAAGUAAUACCAUUUUUGUCGGGUCUUUACAGUUUAUGACCGUCCAAGUUAACCAUGAUAUGUCUCGGCUUCAAAAUUAAAUUUUAAAAUGAUUUUUUAAGCCAACCGCCCAGUCCCGGACAAAGUGCAAGUCCGUCAAGUAGUUCGCGCUAUGGUGGGUAAGGUAUGUGCCAACGAACGUCGUGAACAGAAAGCACUGCCAAACCCAAAAGAGACCGAACUCUAA